GAUUGUUUCAUUUAUUUAUUUACUCUAUUAAUUGCAUUCAUUUCGUCUGGUAUUCUUUACUUUAGAAUUUUGAAGUAUCAGGUAAGAAAAAAAAUUGAUUAUGGAAAAAUAAAGAUGCAUUUACUUAAAUGAUAAUAUGAAAUGUUUAGGGAUCGUUUGGUUGAGAAGUAAUAAUAGUGAAAGUUAUUUUUGUAUUUUUAGGCCAAUUUUAAUGACCAACUUUUAAUUACUAUUUUCGUAUUAGUAUUACUAAUUAUUAGAGUUUAGUAAUUUAGUUAGUAAAAUAUGUUUAUAACUAGAUAUAGCUCGCCAAACAUUGGCGACAGCAAUGUGUGAAUUUGAGAAAUCUACAAAAGUUACUUGACAAAUUAUGAACUCAAGUAACCAUUUUUUAGUUUAAGACAAUUAAUUAGUAAUUGAAUUAAUUAAGAAUCCCAAUUUUUGCUUCCGCUUCACCCCCCCCCCCUUCCCUCCGUGAUAUGUCACUGCACACUUUUUAUUUCAUGCCCAUGAGCUAAAUUAAAUAUUCUGAUGUCCCAACCACUUUUAAACUGAAUAUUUAUUACACUAUAUUUAAAUUGAGAGAAGAAAAUUAUACGCACCAAACGCAGUUGCGUUAUUUAAAAAAAUAAUCAUUUAGGGUAGUUAUCAGGAAUUAUAAUUUGCAUGCUACUGAACUCAUUAUUAAACCAUACUUUCUUUCAAAUUUUAGAACCUUUUGAAAUAUACUCUCAAAAGCAAAUAAGGAAGCUGUCCAUUAGGAAGCAGUCCAGAGUCACACCAGAAGCAUAAUAUAUAUGAGAUUAUUAGUGUUACUAGUUAUAUCCCUCCAAAAAAAUGGUGGUGGCAAUGCGUGAACUUACAAUCCACUCUUUCACAGCCGCCCUAAGUAAAUAUUAUAUUUCCUAUAUAAUUAAUUUCAUCCCGGGAUCCACAGAUAAGAGUCCAUUUUACCCCGAUCUCUCGAGAUAAGCGAAUCCGCCGAGAGGAGUAGCCCUUGACUGGAGUCAUCCAACAAUUGAACACUAUUUUGGCCACCAUCCGUUAAAGUCAUAAACCUCAUCGGACUGGAUGCCCCCCCCCCCCCCAAAAAAAAAUGUUUAUUAANGCGCCAGCCCCCCCCCCCUCAACCAAUCAUUCUAUUCUCCCUUGGCCUCUACAUAUAUAAUCCAAAUCAAUCUACUCUCAUUACACCCCUUCCCCAUGGCAUACACCUACUAACGUCCAUUCUUUUCAACCCUUACCCACAUGCCUUACUCUCAACUCCAACACUCAUUUAUUUCUCCCAAAGCCUCACCCUCCUCCCCUACCCUCCAACCAUCACUCUUAGGCUGUUCCACCCUCUUUACAAGCUCAGCUCUUUCCCCCACCCUCUCCCCCAUUUCCAACACAUCGUCCUACACUGGUCAUACUUAAUAGUAAUUUAUUUCAUUCAUGUGUUACAUUUAUAAAUAAUUCUUCCAUUUAGCGCAAGCUCAGCAUUUAAAAAAAAAAAUAAUAAUGUUAACAGAGAAAGAAAGAAGUUUAAAAAUUCAAUAAAUUAAGUGUGUGAGUAAAGUAAUUAAUUAAAAUAGCUGCUAUUAGGCACCAUUAUAUUGCAAAGGUUUUGAUUUUGUCAAUUGGCACAGACCCUUACCCCCAAACCUCUCUUUCUUAUUACCACCUCCUCAAGCCCCACCAAAUUUCCAAACCUUAUUAUCAUCUUACCUUUCUAAGUUUCUUGCCCCAUAUGACAUUGGAAUUUCUUUCACUGCUUUUUCAAUUAACUUAUAUAGCUAUUUUUUUAAAUUUCUUUCAGGAUGUUAAAAUAUAUGGCCAUUUAAAAUUAUUUUCCCAGAUUGCAAGACUGCAGUAGCAAACAGACAAGGGUCACUUUUCUAAGCUGGUUAUAUUUAAAUAAUUCAAACUUUACAAGUAGUACUACAGUUCAAGAAUCAUGCUUCCCAAAGGAAAUGCUGGGAAGGAAGUCUCACAAAAAUUUUCUGCAUAUUUACCUGCAUUUCAAGAUAUUUUUGAUGAAGAAUCUUUCUACAUAUUUGCAUUUUGUCUCACUUUAGUAGCAUUUAUUUUUGCUUUUGUGGCAUCUCGUUAUGUGAAAAUUAAGGAUGCAGGACAUCUGGACUAAAAUGUUAAAUUAAGGAAAUGUAAUUUACUAGCAAUAUUACAUAAAUUCAAAGUAAUUUCUUUGACUUUUAUGUUUGUUUAUCAAAAUGAUAUGGUUCUUUUUUUUUCUUUUUUUUUUAUGAAGGGAACUCUCUCAGAUCUAUUUUUUAUUGCUCCACAAUUAAAUUUUAAAUUAAAAUAAAGAAUUAGAUAGCUAUGGUUUUCUGAUUAAUCUAAAAUAUUUUGUAUAUUAUUUUUACCCAAAGUGGCAUUAUUCUUGCAUUAAGAACAUAAUAUUUUUGUAACUGGAAGAUGCAAAUGCAAUAUAAAAUUUACUUCUCAAAUUUAAAAAUGAAAUUAACUUAUUUUGAUGUGCAAUAUUGUUAUUUUUGUUAUUAGCUUAAAUGGUUUUAUUCACAAGAGAUAAAAUUAUUUCACAGUUGGGUAAAUCAAAGCUCAGCUUGGUACAGUAUACUAUAUUUAACAGCUUUGUUUGUUUCUAUCCUUAGUAAAUCUUUAACUUACCUUGAAGACCCUAUAAUUAUUUGAAUUUUAUUGUGCAAUAUAUUUAUAACAAGUACUCUUUUCAGUACUGUUUUUCAUUUGAUAUUACUUACCCCUAGACUUAAAUGAAGCCUUUGAUGUUCACAUUUAAGGCUAGACUGAGAUGAUCUGUACCUUAACUGAUAGAACUGAGUUUUCUCAAAUUAAAAGUUUACAAAAUCAAAAUUAUUGUCGUAUCUCUUUUAUUACUAGUAGUAUCGCAAUGGGAAUCAUUUUCAAACAAUGAUCCUUAGUUGUUUUGGGUAGAGCCAGUGAAUUAAAAGAAUACAAUAGUAAUAUUGAAGUAACAACUUAGGGUUUUGAAACAUGACCCUGGCUAAAUGGAAUCCUACAAAUUGACAAACAAAUUUCUUCUUUCAGAUGCAUUGGCAUCUUAUUCAAGCGUGUUUAGUACCACAUGCAUCAUGCAAUAACAUAACUGCACAAGCUGGCAAUCACUUUCUUUUUAAAUCUCACAACUUAUUUCUUUGUUGAAGAAAGUAAUGCACUGAAAAUAAACUUGUCAUCAACUUUUGGACUGUGAUGAGGUUUGAACUUGUGUAAUGAUGUGAGCUUGUCUUAUGAAUUUGUUUUAAGAAGUGUCAUGUUUGUUUUAUAAUUUAAAAACUAAUCAACCGUAGGAAAAGAUAUUGAUAGAGUAAACAAUUUCAUAACUUUAUUCAUUAUUUAAAAGUUUAACAAACUGAAAUUAUGCACAAAUUUAUAAAAAUUACACAGUAAUUCUAAUCCUGAUUUGCACAUAAAGUAGUUUAACUAAUAUUAUCAUAAUGCUUAAAAAUCAAUAAAGAUUGUAAUACUAUUUUUUUUAUUCAUAUUGGAUAAUUUGAUUAUUUUUGAAAUUUUAAGAAAUAUAAAAUGAUUAACACACAUUCGGCACCAAACCCAAUAUCAAAAAACAAUGGUCUAGUGUCAAGCAAAAUAUGCCAGGGGUAUCUAAAAAUACAACCUAUUCGUUGCAUUUAUUUCAAUUAAAAUAUAAAAAAAGACUAAUAUUGAUCAAAGGUUAUACAAUAUUUAGUAAUGUAAUUUCAAAUAUAAUUCAUUUAUUAAUUAACACUUGGUAACUUUUUAAAAAAAAAUCAAGGUUAAAAUUAUAGAAGCUAACCAAAUUUGAUAGGAUAUAUUUGUGGUUUAAUAAGUUAAAUGGUACUUUGGCUUUAUUCUUGAUAAAAUUUAAAUAUCCCUAACUUUGAGUUUAAAAACCAUAUUUGUAUGAAUCCUAUUGAUCUACAAAACAAAUGAUCAAUAUUUAUUGAUAACAAAAAUACUUUAACCUUAGUCGUCUUGUCUCGUCUUGUCUCAUACUACGUAAACAAUAUUUUCUUUCUAUGUUACAAUGGAAAGCAGUCGCUACCUCUUGCAAGAAAAAUUAAAAUAUUUGAAUUUUUAAAGAUCUGUAAAUAGACAUGCAUUAAGUAGCAAUUUACAUAUUGCGAUAUAAGCUUUAACUAACUACCAGAUUAUUUUUACAAAACAUUGAUAAGUCAAUCAUUUUAAAUUAUGGAUGGGUGAUUCCUCCUUUCCUGUCUUUUUUUCAGGCCUUAAUAUAUCUUACACUAUUUAUUUAUUCAAACUGCUUGAACACAGUCCCCCAUAUAUAUUAUUCUCCAUAUUGUUACGUUCAAAAUAACCAACGCUGGUGAUCUUGCAAAAAUGGUUGAAAGUUACACACCCAUUGAUGAAAGAGACCCUUUAACAUUUUAAUUCCCACAAAUGAUUGAAGCUUCAAAAAUGAAAACAAAAAAUAGUAAUUAAAAUACUGACUCAAUUCUUGCAAAAAAACAUUAACUGUUUUCCCUCAAAUAACAUAAGUCAAAUUUAAACAAAAUAAUCUCAUUCCAAAAAUCAUAAAUGCAUCUUUAGCCUUACAAAAAUAUUACAGAAAUAUUUUAUAUGCCUUGAACUUGAAUACCCCUACCUUGUAUAUAUAAUGAAAAAAAAACUUAACACGUAACUAACCCUGUUAAGUCAAAUGAUAUGUUGAUAUGGUUAACUUGAAUAAGAGAUGGCACAAUGAGAUUCACAGAGGGUGACUUAAGUAUGACAACAUGAAGUAACCCUUCCAAAAAUCACUUGAAUACAAAUUCAUAAAGCAUUUUGUUGAUUAAUUAUAAAAUGAUAUCAGUGAUCAGUUAAAAUAUUAGAUCAAUUUUGUUUAACCAUUUAGUUUUCAUAAAG